GAGGAAUCCGGUGAAGGAGAAACAACGGUAAUUUGUUUAAGGAUGUAGGCACGCGUCUGAAGGAAAAUGGGGUUUUAUCAGAGGUGGCGGCAGCUCCGGCUCCCAGGCUUGCAAACCUGCGGGCUACACACGGCAGCUGUGCCGACCCCUCCACACUGGUUGGCAGAGCGGCUUAGCCUUUUUGAGGAGCUAUGGACUGCUCAAGUAAAGAGGUUAGCAAGCAUGGCACAGAAGGAACACCGGACUAUUAAGAUAUCACUCCCUGGAGGCCAGAAAGUGGAUGCUGUGGCAUGGAACACAACCCCUUACCAACUAGCCCAGCAGAUCAGUUCAACACUGGCAGAUACUGCAGUGGCUGCUCAGGUGAAUGGAGAACUUUAUGAUCUGGAGCGGCCCUUGGAGACAGAUUCUGACCUCAGGUUUCUGACAUUCAAUUCUGCAGAGGGCAAAGCAGUAAGUUUCUUCCUUUUCAGGAAUACCGUGGGAACUAAACUAAGGGAUAUAUAU